AUGAAGGUUUAUGAACCUGCUUUUUCGAAGGUCGAUCUGGAAAUCGAGGCGGAGGGGGCGGAGGGGGCGGAGGGGGCGGAGGGGGAAAUUGCCCUUAACCGGGACUACGACUACGACCUGGAGGCGGAGGGGGAAACUGGCCUUAACCGGGACCAAUAG